UUUCUGAACCUGCUGGUGAUCAUCUCCAUCUCUCACUUCAAGAAGCUUCACACUCCAACCAACCUGAUCAUUCUCUCUCUAGCUGUGGCAGACAUGCUUGUUGGAUUUGUGAUGCCCAUAGAGGCCACGAGGCUGAUUGAGAUGUGCUGGCAUUUUGGGGACACUUUCUGUGGAGUGUUUUUGGUAAUAACAGGGCUACUCAUUUCAGCAUCUCUUUAUAAUUUGACUUUAAUUGCUGUUGAUCGUUAUGUGGCUGUGUGUCACCCUUUACUGUACCAACAAAAAAUAACUACAACUAAAACUUUGAUUAUCAUAUGUAUCUGCUGGAUGUGGUCUUCAGCCUACAAUAUUUCCUUCGCAACAGAUCCAUCAAGCAGAACACAUGGGUGCUAUGGAGAGUGUCCCUUUAUGGCUAACUCAGCCUGGAAUAUGACUGAUCUGUUCUUGUCUUUCCUUUUUCCUUGUACUGUGAUUAUAAUUUUAUAUCUGAAGGGUGGCAAAUGUGUAAAUGAAGGUUCAAUGAGAAGGAAAUCGGAGAGCAAAGCUGCUCUGACAUUAGGAAUCAUUGUCACAGUUCAUCUGCUUUGUUGGAUUCCAUUCUAUAUUUAUUCCAUAUCAGCCGCUUCUUCAACAAUUACAAAUGUUUUAUUAUGGGUCUUGUAUAUUAACUCAGGUCUGAAUCCUAUGGUCUAUGCUUUAUUUUACCCCUGGUUUAAAAAGACAGUUAAACUCAUCUUAACUCUGAAAAUAUUUCAGCCAGCAUCCUCUCUGGUCAAUAUUUUUACAGAACAUUAA